AUGGCGCAGUCGGACCGGCUUUCAACCGACUCCCUGAUAAACAUUCUCAUGCUAUAUAGCGUGAAUACUGGUUUACUUCCGAAUGUAUUUUCAGCAUGCGUCAUUGUGACUGUGAGUUCACCUAACCAAUACACUGUUCAUAGACGCACACCGCCUGAUCUUGGGUUUCCACAGCACCUGACUAUGCCAAACAACCUCAUUUGGAUCUCGAUCUACUUUCUGCUUCCAAAGCUGGAGCUGAACUCAAUGUUGGCAACACUCAAUGCAAGGCGUCACUUGCGGCACCUACAGGAGACCAAUAGGGACGUCAACUUGUCAAUCCCACUCUCUCAACCAAGUGGAUCAUCUAUGUCUAAUGAAGCUGGAUCGCUCACCUCUUCCCAUCACCCUGGAGUUGAAGAUCAGGUUAAUGCUAUUCGACAGGGCGGUCCGUAUGGCUAA